AUGGAAGCUCUGUUGUUCAGGAACCCAUCAAGUGGGCAUGUGUAUGGAGAUAAGUGCAACAAGGCAGUGAGGACAGCCAGGGAACAAGUUGCAAACUUGGUUGGUGCACGACCAGACGAGAUAUACUUCACAUCAUGUGGAACUGAAUCUAACAACUGGGCAAUCUGGGGUGUUGUGGCUUCAGCGAGAAAGCGUGGCAUCGAAUGGCCCCAUGUUGUAACCACCCAGGUAGAGCACCCGGCUGUCCUUCGAUACGUGGAAGCUCUGAGGGAACAGGGCCUUCUUCGAUACACCACAGUGGCUGUGAAUGAAGAGGGCAUUGUGGCACUGGAAGAUGUCGUUGGUGCUCUCACCCAAGACACCGUGCUCGUCAGCAUUAUGCAUGCAAAUAAUGAAGUUGGCUCCAUCCAACCAGUGCAGCAAAUUGCCACUGCAGCAAAGCGAAAGGGCAUUGUUGUACACUGUGAUGCUGCACAAAGUAUGGGAAAGAUCGACGUCCAGGUUGACGAUCUCAAUGUGGACCUGCUAUCGAUUGUUGGCCACAAAUUUGGGGCGCCAAAAGGGGUGGCGGCUCUGUACAUCAGGUCUGGUGUUCAGUUGGAGCCAAUGCUGCGGGGAGGUGGCCAGGAAGCUGGCAUGCGUGCUGGCACUGAGAACGUCUUGCUUGUUGUUGGACUUGGGAAAGCAGCCGAACUUGCCAGGCUAGAGGCGGUGAAGAUUCCCUGCCACAUGGAGCAAAUGAGAGACAAACUGUUCGCAAUGCUUCAGGAGUCAUUUGGACAGGGGGCGAUCGCAGUGAAUGGGCCUAAAGACAGCUCCUGCUGCCUGCCGAACACUCUCAACGUUCGAAUAUCAGGGCUAGAUGCUGCUCAACUCCUCUCCUCUUUGAGAAACAAAGUGGCGGCGUCGGCAGGAUCUGCAUGCCACUCUGGGAAGAAUUCCAUUUCAGAGGUGCUUUCAGCCAUGAAGGUUUCCGAGGACCAAGCCAGAGGAACCUUGCGGCUGUCAACUGGGCGCCACACAACAAAGGCUGACAUAGAGUUUGCUGUGAAAUGCAUUGUGGAAGCUGCAGCCAAGCAAGGGCUGUGUAACAAGAUCGCCUGA